AUGAACUCCCAGGAGAUUCUUUUCCAGCUCACAAACGUCGGAUCUACACCGGUUUCUUCUAAAAACGACACUAUGACAACACCAACAUCAGGCUCUAAUACCUCAUCACCAAGACGAUGGACAGAACUCUUCUCUAAAAAAAGAGCGAAAACACCAUCGAUAAGCACGCCAUCUACAUCAUCUUCUGCUGUGUCAUCAUUGCACGAUGGUUCGCCGGUUCGCCCGGGAUCUAAGCAGAGUUUUAGGCAUUUUAACAUAGAUUCUGCGCUUCAAUAUCCUCCUGUAAUGCAGUCUCCCGAAAGCUAUCAUUCUGCUGGUAAUGGGAACGGUAGCGGCCAUGGGAAUGUUCAGGUUGGCAAGAAACCUCAUCGGAGAGGUGGAAAUAAGUCGUGGAAGAACGAGAAGUGCUGCAUCUGUCGUGAUCUGUGUUCUUUUAAGGGCUCUACUGAAAGAGUCAUCAUUCUUCAAUGUAAUCAUAUGUGUCACGAGGACUGCUUGAUGGUUAGUUUGAACCCCGUUAGCAAAACUUUCGAUUUAUAUGAUGCGCUUCCGAAAUGUCAGAUGUGCAGUAUGCUGUGUGUGCCCUCGCAAGAGGAUAUGAAACAAAGAUUGCGCAACCAAUUAUUAACUGUGAAUAGCAGCAGUUCUGAUCAGCUGUCGUCAGCAAUACCCCAGGUACAGUCCCAGUUAAAACCACACAAUUCUCCCGAAAAUACUCGAACUGGAAUCGGACCGCUAGCUCCACCUCCACCUCCAUUGAGCAUGAGGAAUGCUGUGAAAACGACUCCGACGAACCGCGAUAUUAGACUAUCUUUCGCUUCCUCUUUGAAACCACCAGUCUUCGUCACACCGUCAGUUAGAGACUCGUGGAGACUCCCACGAGCAAGCAGCAUAAAGAGAAGAUCCAACAAUUAUAGAGGUAGUACCAUUUCAGCACUUUCAUCCAUCACCUCCUCCUCUUCUUUAUAUAACGACUCGCAACUUGUGUGCUCUUUGCAUAUACAAAGGCAAUAUUUCAUGCAAGCCUUCCUUACCAGCUUCGAAGAGAUAAAACCAUGGGAAAUUGACUCCCGAUACGGACUCCUGCGGCUAAUCGACAAUUUUCUCAUAUCACUGGAUGAUCAGGGCUUUAAGCAAUGCUGUUGUUAUCUUUUCUCAGAAUAUCUUCUAUUGUGUCAACCGUCAUCUAAAGCGUCUUCGAACGUUCUGCAAUUCUCAUCCUACCGUUUCUUACAAUUGAACAGCCCGGCUAAUAUAGAAUUAAUUGAUGCGACAACGCUUGAAUUAAAGGCAAAAACUGGAGAAAGGGUACGUAUCAAGCCCUUUAAUUCAGAUACCAAAUCAUUGGAGAAAUGGAUCACCGCUUUCUUCGAUCCAACUUUAACCUUCGGAAACCUUGAUUUUACCUCUAUCCCGCUUCCUGAUUUUGUUUCUGCUAUGCCUAGCGCCGACGAUUCUCGGACUAUCAUUGUUAGGAGGCAGAAUACUAUAAACGAGACUAUCGUAACUGCAGGUCCCAGAGAUUCAACUCUAUUCACCUCAAUCUCCUCCAUUUUAUCUAUCAAAAGAUCUACGCCAAGAGAACUGAACGUCAUUUUGCAGGUGGAUAGAAGAAAGUUGAAGAGUGAAAACCUAAUCACAAUCAAAAACGUAUUAUCAGCUCUAACUUGGAAAUACCAUGAUUUUAACUGUUGUAUAGUUGGUGUCGAUGGUCUUAUCGUUAAAAUUGGAGGGGCUCGAGAAAUUCUUGAUUCUUGGGCUGAAAUAAGUGACGCCGGAACCCAGCCAUUUUCACCAGCCUUAUUGUACAAGACAUGGUACAAAGAAAGAGGAAAGGUUUGUAACAAUGCUGGAGUUCUCGUUAUCUCUAAUGCGUCUAUGGAGACUGGAAAAACCUGCCUAUUUCAUGAUUAUAGGAUGUUUGCAAAUGUUGGGAAACGACAUGUUAAUGAGCUGAAGAUCAAGGUUGGAUUCCUGAACGUCGAUUAUACUAGCAAGAUAAAAGAACUUGUUGAAAUACAGGAUUGGAAUGAGCUACUAGAAGCAGUAUCGUAUAGUUUUAACAUCAACUUUGAUGACGAUGAUGACGAUGACGAUGAUGAAGGGGAUAGCGAUACUAGCGACUCUUUUAGUGUCGGCUCUAGCGAAUUUAACAAAAGUUUGAAUUCUGAUAACGAGCGUCUGGUACGACCUCCUUCACCGACCUCCUUUGAAGAUAUUGAAGCUGACUCUCAUUCCCAAUUUGAUGAUGAUUCUGAGUUACAACAUUCCAUUAUUUACGAUUAUUUAUAG